GAUUCUUCACAGGCAUUUCUUUUACUUCACUCGUCAUCUAGUCUAACCUUCUAACACCUGCUCACUACUCCCUAACCCACAUCAUCUUCAGCUAUUGCCUUCUGCUCUCCGGGUACUAUUAAGUCGGCCGUCCUCCCUGAAGCUUUUCGAACACCAGGUCUGUUGGCGAGCAUACUGUACAUGACGUACUCAUACCUCCGUUCUGAGAGGGGAUGGAGUAAUCCAGAGUUAGCUUUGGGUUUGAAAAUGGCUGCGAUAUCACAAAUAAACCUCAAGCUGUCUCAUCCAAGCACAGCAACGUGUACCAACGUGAUCGCCUCGAUUGCGUAUCUCUGCACUGGCACCUGGAUCUUUGGCAGCCAUUUUGAAGAAGUCGAAACUCAUCUGGAUGGCUUGGGGAUAAUGGUUAAACAACGUGGCAUGGAAAGCCUUGGCGUGUACCAAUUUGGCCGCACCAUCCGAAAGUAUAUUUUUGUGCAGCAUCUCCUUCUAGCAGCAAUUCGGGCGCAGCCUCCCACAUCCACAUUUGACCUUGAUUAUAACCGGUUGUUUAAUUCUGCCUCGGUGAAGGAUACGAAACAUGUGUCACCAUUAUACUGUCCUCAAGAGACAUUUGCCCAACUUCUUCAAUCCAAACAAUUCAGCGAGGAUACAGUGGAUAUUCUGUAUAAUGCCAAGGCUCUUAUCGACUUGGUGAUUGACGUAGAUGAAGGUACAAUCAAAGAAGUGGACUUCAACAUCACACUCUUCCAUAUUAAGAAUGAACUAGAGCGUCACAUUUCAGCAGACGAUCCCCAAGGCAUCCCUGACUGCAAUUGGGUCUUCGAAUGCUGUCGCCUGACGGUGGCGAUCAUGCUGAAGGCUAUGGAGACAUCACAGCCCCUCCUUUCAAGCAGUUCGGCGCUCACGCAUAGUUUGGUCAGCGCACUAGAAAAGACAGAUAUUGGGGGCAAUUGGGGAGAGCUAUCAGGUGUGCUGUAUUGGGUAUCAAUGAUUGGAUCCGCAUCUAGUCAGGGAAGGCCAGGUCACAGAGUGUUGGACUCCGCACUGGGUCGCACAAUGUCCGAGAUAGCUUUUACGGCCUCGGAUUUUGGUUCCGCAGUCGAGCCUGUACGAAAAUUCUCUCGUUUACAGCUGGCUUUGAAGAGAAGAUCUCAGGUAGCGGUUCCAGAAAAUUCUCAUAGGAAGUAUUGAGCAACGCUUGACUACAGCACCUUUGAUGUAACAAGUCGGCUGUUAAUGGCUAUGGG